AUGUCCGAAUUCUCGUUGCAAUAUGUUCCACAAAAGGUAGUAAAAGGACAGGCAAUAGCAGACUUUCUCGCUCAUCACCCACCCUCCGAGCUCACAGCGUUUCGCGAGUUGGAAUUCGCUACCGUGACACUCGCUCCAUGGACCCUGUACUUUGAUGGUUCGCGGACUGACACCGCAGCCGGAGCCGGGAUAGCCAUAGCCAAUCCCGCCGGAGAUCGCUUCUCCUACUCGUUCCAGCUCGAUUUCAAAUGCACCAACAACCAGGCUGAGUACGAGGCGCUGAUCAUCGGCCUAGAGAUUUUGUUGGAUUUAGGAGUCCGCGAGGUGCAGAUCUUUGGCGAUUCUUUGUUGGUCGUUAACCAGCUGGUGGAAAAGUUUAAGUGCUUAAGCUCGUCCAUUGAGCCAUACCUGCACAUGACAUUUGAGGUGUUGGAUCGAUUCGACGGCGUCUACAUCGAGCACAUACCACGCGAGUACAACUUCGCCGCCAACGAGCUCGCCCAGGUAGCAUCUGGCCUCAGCCUGCGCGACGGCGUGCGCGAACGUUUGCUCAAGGUCGAGCGCCGUACUCUUCCCUCUUUCAUCGCUAGGGGGCAAUUUCAGGCCGACACCCCCGAAGUUGCGGCCUUGGACCCUAUCGACGAGGAUUGGCGGCUACCGUUUAUCGCCUACCUCCAGAACCCCAACGACGCCGCUCACGCCAAGCAGAUACGUUUCCUCGCCUUAAACUUUGUUUUACGCAAUGGCGAACUCCGGCGGCGUGGGGAAGACGGCAACGACUUCCGCUGCGUGUAUAGGAACGAAGCUAAACGUAUCAUGCGCGAAGUCCAUUGUGGGGUUUGCGGUUCGCACCAGGCCGGGCCAAAAAUGCGUUGGUUAAUCCGUCGCCAUGGGUACUACUGGCCAACCAUUCUGAAAGACUGUAUUGCAUUAGCCAAAGGUUGCCAAGACUGCCAGGCUCACGGACCACAUAAGUUCAUUAUCGUCGCCACCGAUUUCUUUACCAAAUGGGUCGAGGCCGAACCACUCAAGGUUGCCUCCGCCAACUCGGUGCGCAACUUUAUUUUCCGCAAUAUCAUUUUCCGCUUUGGUAUCCCGGAGUGCAUCGUUACGGACAGGGGGGCAGCUUUCAUGGCUGAUUCAGUUGUUCAGUACUUACAUGACUACGACAUCAAGCUUCUCCACUCUACGCCAUAUUAUGCACAGUCCAACGGCCAGGCGGAGGCUAGUAAUAAGGUUAUCCUCGGCAUCCUCCGCAAGAUGUUGGAGUUAAACCUGCGUGUCUGGAAUGAGGAACUCUACCACACCUUGUGGGCUUACCGCACUUCAAAGCGCGGCCCGACGGAUACCACCCCGUAUGCUCUCAUGUACGGUCACGAUGCCGUCCUUCCCCUUGAGAUCAAUAUCGCUUCACUCCGCGUUCAGGAACAGCAUCAACUACUUGGCGAGGAUUAUGUCCAAGCUAUGUGGCAGGAACUUGAAGAUCUUGACGAGCACCGCGUCACCGCUUUCAACAAUCUCGUCCUUAAGAAACAACGCAUCGUACGUUCGUAUGAUAAGGUCACGCGCGGACGGAGCUAUGCUGAGGGCCAGAAAGUGUGGCGUGCGGUUCUCCCACUUGGGGAAAAAACCGACGGUCGGGGUAAGUGGUCCGCUCAAUGGGAAGGCCCCUUUAUUAUUCAUCGCAUACUCCCCAAGGGGGCAUACCACCUGCGCGACUUGGACGGUACCAUUCAUCGCAAUCCUAUUAAUGGCCGCUUCCUCAAGCGCCACAUUGCAGGAGUUUGGGAACGCGAGGACCCUCCACUUUCCCCCGACCCCGUCACCACAGUCAAUAGUGCUACGCGCCAUCGCGUUCUCGCUCCGCCGCCUAACACUAGGGGGCAAUCCGGGAUAGAAGACUGA